CACAAGACUUGCCAUUCUGUUCCCUGCCUAUCCUCCACUGAACUGUCACAGCUAUUGAGAAGAUGGGAACCUUUAGAUGUGUCCUGCUGUGGAUCCUACUAGUCCUCUUGGCCCCAUUAAAUGGAACAAUAGUAUCCUUGACUACAAUAUGUGUUAAUGAGGUUUGCCACUGGUCACCAUGGUUUGAUGCUAGUUACCCUGAACCAGGAAUGAAGAAUGGAGAUUUUGAAACAUAUGAAAAUAUAAAAGCUAAAGGGUUUCCCAUAUGUAGUCAUCCAAAAGAUAUUCAGUGCAGAGCUCAGAUGUUCCCUGACACACCAUUAGCAGAACUUGAGCAAAAUGUAGAAUGCAAUGUAUCAUUUGGACUGAUCUGCCUGAACAAAAAUCAGCUACCACCUAUCUGCUAUAAUUAUAAUAUCAGAGUUCUGUGCUGUAGCUUUGAAACAUGAGAUAUGCCAACUCCAAGUACAGCACCUACAACCGCAAAGCCUUCAACCACACUGUCAACUACCACUAAAAAGACAGUACCUUCAUCAAGUCCACCUGCAACCACAGUGACAGAAACUUCAACUAUAUUUACAACAACCCCUGAAACUAGCACAUCACAAACAUCUACCACUACAACAACUACUGAAACACCUGAGACUACCCAAACCCCAGUAGAGGAUUGAUGUUGAUGCUCCUACUUCUGGAAUUGAUGGUGGAGAUAAAGAGACAUUUGAAAACAUAAUUUGCAAGCAUCCAAAAGAUAUUGAAUGCAGGGCUGAAGAUUACCCAGAUAUUAGUACUGAUAAUUUUGGACAGAUAGUUCAGUGUGAUUCUAAUGUUGGUUUGGUGUGCAACAACAAAGACCAAACUGGAAAAGUUAAACAAUGUUAUAAUUAAAAGAUAAAAGUUUUAUGCUGUGAUGACUACAGCCAUUGUAGCACAACUCCUCCACAGACAACACCUACCACUACCUCCACUACACCUACCACAGUGUCACCAACUACAACAGAAAAAACAACCACUACAAGUAUAACAAAAUCAACUACAACUGAUACUCCAAAGCCUACAACAUCUACCACUACUUCCACUACAACUACCACAGUGCUGCCGACUACAACAGAAACAACUGAAACACCCAAAACAACUGUUCAAACAACUCCCCAAUCUACUGUCAUAAUAAAAGCAUUUACAACCACAAAACCAACUCCAAAUAAAGUAGAGGUUGACACAACAACAGUUUGCCAACCAAAAUGCAAGUGGUCAGACUGGAUUGAUGUUGAUUUUCCUGAGCCAGGCAUUGAUGGAGGAGAUAUAGAAACCUUUCAAAACAUAAUGGCUAAAGGUAAAAAUACAUGUAAAGACCUACAAAAUAUUACAUGUAGAACAGAAGAUUACCCUGGGACCAGUAUUGACAAUAUGGGGCAGAAGGUUCAAUGUGAUAUCACUAUAGUUUUUUUUAUUUAUAAUUGUAAAUUUAUUAAUGAAUAUAUAAAUGACAAUGCACAUCCACAAUAGAUUCAUGCACAAUAGUACAAGGUAAAAGAUGAAAUAUGUAAAGCAUCCCAUUCAUGUUGAUUAAGCAUUUAUAACACUCGAUAAUAUGCGAUGAUGGAAAAUGAAAAACCGAGCAGUAAUAUAACAAUAAAGUGAACUAAGAGAAA